UAUUAUCAGCUGUCUAUUCAUGACCUACCUCAAUAGAUCGUUAUUAUUGUUUACUGCUUAGGAAGUUAUAAAUAGUUCUGAGCGUUACGAUAACCUGAAAGACGUGUAUCCGUUAUCUUAUUUGUUUCAACCUUGGCACGGUAAGGGCUUCAAUGAAUGUAAUAAACAAGUCUACGAUAGAGAACGUAACAAUAUUAUGUGAUGUUUGAUAAACGAACAUUGUUAGUUAUGUUUGUGUAUACAAGAUUAUAUUUUGCUCCCGGAUGAACAGAGCGUUUUUUAGGAUAAUAACAAAACGUGUUUGGUACAAUGGUUAGUGAGUCAUUAUAAUAUUACCUAAAGCGCAUAUGGCUAUCUUUAUAUAUGCAUCUGACCACGUUUUUAGCCACAUGAUCUCAGUGUGUUUAUAAUUGUGGAAACGAAAAAUAAAUACAGAUGUUGAGAAUUAGGGUUCUCAAGUUUCCGAUAUUUGUUAAUCGAUUGGUAUUUCGGUUGUUCAUUCAGUAACAUUUGGUACUUUUUGAAAGGAAGACGUUUUUUUCACGCUCCGUUGUCUUGUGCAAGGGUACAACUGAAUUGUAAUGGCGGGGCAAUGUAGUACUAAAAGUCAAUCUUGGUGUGUAGAAACAGCCGAACAUGAAGAAAACAAGUUUAUGAUGAUUUGCCGUAAAGGUAACGUCUAUGAGCUGAUGGAAUUGGCACCAUUCAUUAGCAAUGAUGGACAUCUGCUACGUAAUUACGAUCAUCGUGGGAGACAGUGUAUUCACACGGUGGCAUUGUACGACAGAAAAAAUGCUAUUAUGAAAAUAGAAAUACUUGUAAACAUGGGAGCAGAUAUUAAUGCGAAGGAACGAAAUACUGGUAAUUCAUUACUUCAUAUCGCUGUGAGGACAAAAAAUUACCAAUUGGCUGAGUGGCUGUGCCAAGAGCCAACCGUUAAUUUAGGAGCUAUCAACUAUGCGCAUCAUACUGCUUACCACAUGGCCUACUAUGCUCAUGAUGAGAAGAUGAAGGAGCUUUUGAUAGCCAACAGAGCUGUUUGUGACGAUCCUGAAGGCAUCGAAAUGUCUGAAGAUGAUAUUGGUGACUUUUCUAGUGACGGUUAACGGAUU